GUUAUCGAGGUGACUUACGAAGCCGGUUAUACUUUCCGCAACAUUGAUAUGUCCCACUUUCAUUUGGAUAUGAGAACUAGAAGGCUUUACCUAGAUAAUGCCACAGAGGUAGUUGUAAGCACUGAACUAAGGGGACUGCAGUUGAAGAAUGGCGAGAACGUAUACCACAAUUACUGGCGAGGAUGUGUUGAACAUGCACCACUCAGCUGGCAUCAUAAAGGUCACGAAAGUGUCAUGACAGUCGCUGAUUGUGCAGAGGUUCUCUUCUACAUAGUGGUGGAUAUGCUCGGACUGCUUACAUGGCGUGGUAUGAAUGAACGUCAGGUAUAUCGUCUUCAGCCUGCUAUUUGA